AUUCAAUCGAAGGACGGACCAAACAACAACAACAACAACAAGAACAAGAACAAGAACAAGAACAACAGCAACCACCAUGACGAUCGUCCAGACCGAAGACACCCGCAAUUCCGAGUGGCGCAAGUCCAACGUCGGGAGCCGGAUGCUCGAGAAGAUGGGCUGGACCGAGGGCAAGGGGAUCGGGAAGCGAAACGUGAACACGACGGCGCUCCGGGCCGUCAAGCGACAGGAGGGCCUGGGGAUCGGUGCGAAGCGGCAGACCGAGGGCGGGCCCUCCGAGUCGACGGGGACCUUUGCGGCCGUCCUGGCGAACCUGAAGGCGCACCACGGCACCGGCGACCAGGGCUCGUCGUCGAAGAAGAAAAAGUCGAAGAAGGAGAAAAAGGAGGCCAAGAAAAAGGCCAAAAAGGCCAAGAACGCGCUGAGCCUGCCGCAGAACAAGGUCCUGGCCGGGCACGCACGAAAAAUGAGGGCCGCCAAGUUUGGGGCCAAGAGCGCCGAGGACCUGGCAUGCAUAUUUGGCAACACGGAGGUCGUCGCGACGGCCACGAACGGGAUGGUUCCGUACGGGGCGCUCCCGGUGAUUGGUGCCGGGAGCGGCGGGGCGAAGAAGCGUUCCCGUGCCGGCGAGACGGAGACGAAAGCGAAACCCACCGGCAGCAGCGACGACGACGGCGAAUCGUCGUCAACGUCGUCGUCUUCCGGAGACGACCAACCCGCGAACGCGGCCCAAACCACCGCCGCCACCGGCGAUAGCGAACCAGAACCGACGUCCAAAGAACGGAAACGAGCCGAAAAGAAGCGAAAGAAGGAGGACAAAGAGAACAAGAGCAAGGAAGCAUCCUCGUCUUCGGAAUCCAAAAAAAAGGCCAAGAAGGAAAAGAAAUCGAAAAAGCCCAAGAAAAAGUCCAAGAGCGAAAUAUAGUAGCGUAUUGCAUCGAUGCACUUCAAACACAAGGCAGUGCGAAGCAACCUAAUAACACAAGAAAAGUAGA